AUGACAAUGAAUAUAGCGAAUGGAUAUUAUGGCGUUGAAACGUCUUCUCCUAUUUCCAACAACAUGGAUAACAGGAGUCCGCAUAUGCAGAUCAGACAACAGCGAAGUCAGAAAUUCAGCCUAUAUCCAACAAGGCCCCGGACUUCAUCCAAAGCUUCCGAGUUAUCUGUUAGUACUACUAGGUCUGGAAAUGGCACAUUUCCAUUUCCACCUCGAUCACCAACACCAUCUCGAGAAUUGUAUUUACCGGUCAACCCUCUCGCUCAGAACCCUCCUCUUCCACACCAAAGACCCACCACAGCGCAUCAUUCUUCACCUAACGAACCAUCCCGAUCCUUCACUGCUCCUUCACAACAAAAUCUUCGACGAAAACCCUCCGAGGCUUCACGAUUGAGACAACUUAGUAAUGUGCGAUCGCAUUCUUCCACUGGCAGACGUACACCUGAAAAGGCAGUAGAUAAUUUCUCUAGGCCACGACAAGCAAGUCUGCGGAGGCGAAAUGAAUCACCCAGUCCCUUGAUACAUGCCUCGACAUUUCAUGUAGAAUCACAAGAGGAACAAACAAUAAACAAUGGGUCGAUUAUCAGUACCAGGGAACGAGGGGUGUCGUCAUCCUCCUCACAAUCAGGACAACAGUUACCUACACAUACACUUCGCCCUUCUGCGUCGAUCCCGGACUACCAUACUGCAGAUUUAAAUAAUGCGAGACAGCGCAAUAUCCCCCAAGCGAACUUUAGGCCAAGAACAGGACUCAAUAGACCCGAUAGUAAUAACUCGUCUAUAUAUCGGCGCGACCCCCCAAUUCGUCCAACAAAUUUUGACGACGAUGAAGUCCGAGCAAGCUUCAGAUCUGCUUUAACUACAAACUCCAGCUAUUUUGGAACAAGCGGGACAGAAAGGAGUAGUGUAUUGACGAAAAGCAGUUCACAUACCUCUUUCUUUGGAGGGAAAGAUGAGGGGAUGAGUGUGGAUGAUGCAAUUGGCAUGUAUGAAGGCGGAUUUUUGGAUUCCGGAGUCGAAGAUAACGAUUUAGCAGAAAAGCUCCUGGAAAUUGGAGCGGAAGUCACACCUAGGUCUGUAUAUCGAGAGGAUGUGUUUGACGAAGACGAGGAGUUUCGACCAAUGACACCCAAUUCGGAGAGAAGACAAUCGAAGAUAGAAGAGGCAAUGGGCGACUUUCUUGUGCCUCCUGCUACUCUCGGGGCGUCGCAAUUUUCAAUUCGGGGUUCCACGGAAAUGUUUACAGGUGCGGCAGCCACCCCAAAUUUCAUCCCAGGAGACUUUCCAGAAUCGAAAGAAUUUGAUGGUGCAGAAGCAUCUCAGGAGGCCCGAGAAGAAUACUUCGAACCGCGUGCAGCGGCGCCACCACCACCAAACCCGUCAGACCCAGCUAGAGAUAGGUAUGGGUUCAAGAAAAAGACGCAAUACGUUUCGUUGGAAGAAUAUGAAGCUUGGAGUGGGCCUUAUAAUGAAUACAUUGAUCGAAGGCGAAAGAAAUGGGUAUUAUUGCUCAAGGAUCAUAGUCUGAUCACCGACAAGCCAAUCCGAUUUCCACCAAAAUCAGCAAAAGUCAAACGUUUCGUCCGUAAAGGAAUACCACCUGACUGGCGAGGAGAAGCUUGGUUCUGGUACGCAGGUGGUCCGGCUAUGGUGAGCAAGCACUAUGGUGUGUAUGACAGCUUGGUGAAGCAGGCAGCUGCAGGCGGGGUUAAUGAAACGGACGACGAAAUUAUUGAGCGGGAUCUCAAUCGUACUUUUCCGGAUAAUAUUAAAUUCAAACCGGAUCCCCCUCCGGUCUCCGAGAAACGGAGCAGCCAACCGAGUAUCAAGGAACCGGAGACUCCUAUGUUGAAAGCGCUACGGAGAUUAUUGCAAGCUUUUAGUAUUUACAACCCAAGGAUAGGGUAUUGUCAGAGUUUGAACUUUUUGGCGGGGCUAUUGUUGUUGUUCAUGGAGGAAGAGAAAAGUUUCUGGAUGUUGAAUAUUAUCACGAGAGUUUAUCUGCCAGGAACCCAUGAGCUUAAUCUAGAAGGCGCAAAUGUGGAUUUGGGGGUACUGAUGACUAGUAUCAAGGAAUCCAUGCCAGCAAUAUGGGCGAAGAUUGGAGGAGAACUCGACGGUACAGCAGGAGAUGGGAGGCUUUCCAUGCGUCUUCCCCCUAUCACAUUAUGUACCACAGCUUGGUUCAUGUCAUGCUUUAUUGGAACUCUCCCAAUCGAAACUACACUACGCGUCUGGGACAGCUUUUUCUUCGAAGGAUCAAAGACUCUAUUCCGCAUUGCUUUGGCAAUUUUCAAAGUAGGAGAACAGGAGAUCAAGGCCGUUUCAGACCCCAUGGAAAUUUUCCAAGUCGUACAAACCAUCCCUCGAAGACUUGUCGACGCCAAUGGACUUAUGGAUGCAUGCUUCCGAAGAAGGAAUGGCUUCGGACACAUUAGCCAGGAAACUAUCGAGUCACGAAGGGCAGAACGCAGGAAAGGCUACGCGGAAGAAAGGGCAAUUGCGAAUGGCGAAAUCCUACCCAAGAGAGGCGGAACAUUCUUUUCCAAAAAGAAGACUAGGAGUGCGGACACUUAG